AUGCAAGGAGUGACAAAGUGGCUGGAAGAGCGAAAGACACGGAAAUACCAAAGACACCCUGCCAAGCAACCCGCGCAGCACAGACCCCUACCUCAGCACCACGACCCCCUCACCCGCAGACCACCAGCCCCUUCUUGCCGCGUCUCCCCGCAGAAACCCAUCUCCAGCACUACGGCUGGCUCUUCGGCCGCCGCUUGCCGCACUACUCCAAUUGGUGGGACGACUCCGCGCAACGAUGGCGGACCCUCCAGCACGGCUGAAACCCCGUUGAGCGGAGGAAGAGUGCGAUACUUGAAUGGAUCGCGCGCCGAUGCGCACGUGUCGGCUGGCGUACAUCGAGCGUUCGCGCGGCAGACCCCACGCGGGGGCACCCGCGCUCAUCCGCCGGCCCACCUUGCGCUGCGAGCUGUACUGGACAGCAUUCGCUUCCCGCACGCAAGCCCGCGCAGCCGCACCGACUACACGCGCGUCUGGCGGGCGCUGGCAGCCACGUUCCCCCACCUGCGCAAGGUGCGGAUCAGGAUUUGCCCCCGCUUCGGGGAGGAUGAGGGCUUUGAAAAGGCGGGGGCGAAGAUUGCCAUCGGCGCGGAUUCAUCAGGAGCAACCCGGUCGGAUAGUCGGCAGUUCAUCGACGACGACGACCUUCCCGAGUUUCAAGAUGCGUGGCUGGAAGGCAUGGAGUGGGCGGUCGGUCGUCUAUCUGACUUGGCGCUCUUCCAGAUCGUGCUGCACGUGGACAUCUAUCACCAUCUGCGGGCGCGGGUGAAGCUCUUCCUGGCCGCCCGGCAACGACAGCAGCAGCAAAUGUGGAACGCUCCGGAUGACCGGAUCCUCUCCACCAGAGGCGAUACGCGACCGUUGUCGGCGGACAGCUCCGUGAAGGGCCUUGACCUCCGCUCCAACAUCUGGGUGGGAGGCAAGGGGAAGUGGAAGAGACAGGCUGGGGGCAAGGUGACUUUUCAGACGGAUCCGGAGCGAACCUAA